AUGACGUUUCGCCACCCUGCAGCGGACAUCGUCUUUCCAGAAGACGGCUCGCCCGAGGAGAGCGGCCUCUUCAUCAUUGACUUGCAGGGAAAUGCCUUUGUGGCGGAUGAGCUCGGACGCCCGACGCCGGCGCUGAUUCCUCUCCCACUCUAUCGGCCGCGUCUCCGCAUUCGGGACCUCGCUGCGUCUGGACCUUCCUCUCAGCCGUCUGCCUCGCCCCCGUCCGGCGCUCGUGAGACAGGAGACUGCCUGGACCGGCCCUCUGCGCCGACCUCUGCGGCUGUCGAGCCCGCGCGCGAGGCCCGGGUGUUCGACACCUGGGGCCUCGUCGACUGGCAGGCGCCGGAGCAGCCGAAAACGUCCGCUUUCUUCCAAGCCGACGCAUGCAGUCUCCACGUCGGAUCUCUCGUUCUUCCCGGCCGCGUGGAAGCCGCGGUCUCCAAGGGCGGCGGUCUUGUCUUGGUCCGGCGGACGCUCCGGCAGCGUCGCGGGCGGAAGACGCGUCCCUCGCCUGCAGACGAGGCCGCGCUCGAAAACUGCCCCGGGGAACCUGUGUGGGAGAUCCAGGCGAUCGUGAAGGAGAAAGUGACGUUCAGCGAGCGACCGACGCUCCACCCUCGGAAGAAACUGUUUGCAGAUCGCCAAGAGAGUGUCGGCGCUGGCGGCAAAGCGUCUUCCGGCCCGGGGCAUGUGCGGCAGACCAAGCUUGCCGAGACUGCGGCGUCUCUCGCGUCGGCUCCACCGUCGGCUGAGGCGAUGGGAGGCGUUUCCUGGCUCGUGGGGAUUUCCCCGCAGCUGAGCUCGCAGCGCGAUGGCGACUGGCAGUUGCUGGCCGUCGACGACGAACUCCUGACUCAGAUCCGCUCGGGCGACGCGAUGCGCCUCAAAGGCGUGCCCGCGCCGCUGCUCCGCGCAGACAGCGAGGGAGAGGGACCGUCGAGGAGACAGGAGACACUGCUUUGUUGCGGCGGCGCAGUCUACAGUGUGAAUCGGAACGAAAUCGACGGACAACUCCUGAUCGCGUUCCGCCCCCGCGAAGACGACGCAGGGAACGGAGGCUCCCUAGGGGAUGACGAAAACCCCCGGAUGGAGGUUGACGCGCCUCCCGCGUCGCUCGACGCCGAGAAAGAAAACGCGCUUCUAGGCAAGACGGAAAACGCCGCACUCCGACAGUCGAAAGUUGUGGGGGUUCCUAUUGUUGGCUUGUGCAAAGCGAUUCUCUUGCUGGAACCGGUCGUCGGGCGAACGACGCAGAUCAUGUCUCUCUUGACGCUGCGGCCUUCGCCCCAGACGCUGGACCUCUUCUCGGCGUGCCUCGAAGACAAGGCGGUCGCGACGGUGGCGGUGCCGCGCGUUCCGCGCCAAGUCUCCGGAGACAGAAAACCCGCGAGCGAACGCUUCGUGCUCCCUGCUUCCUUCUUUCUUCAGAGUGUCCAGGCGUCCGAGGAAGACCUCGUCGCGGGCCUUAUCGGCAACCAGUUUUCGCACUCGCCUCUCACCGCGUACUGGCGACGCAAGCGCUCCGAGGCGCGCGCGCGCAGGGCGUCUUCGGCGGCGGUGGCUUCGGCCUCGGUUCCUGCGGACGCAACCAAAGGCGCAGCGACAGAGACGGCUCCGCCCGCGUUUUGGGGGACGGCGGGAUUCGCGUCCUCCUCGAGCUCAAUUUUGUUUCUGCCGGCUUGCGCGGGCUACUGCGCCGUCGAGGUGGCCCUCCUGCUCGGCUUUUUCCAGCGCCUCCUGAACUUCUUUGCUUUUCUCGAUCUUUCGUCCGCGGAAGAUCUCACAGUCGGUCACGUCUUCGACCUUGUCGUCGAUAUGGAAUCCAAAGGCUUCGCUCUCUUCCCCUUCACCACCUCCACGCAAACAGGAGACGGCUCUCCCUCAUCCUCUUCGUCCUUUUUGUUUGUUUCUGGCGAGACAGAGGACGGAGACGCUGCGAAGAAGGCGCGGCUCCCGCUCGAUCCGGGCGUGCUGUUUCAACUUCUCUCGCGAUUCUGCGACCUGAAACUCGCAGGCGACGCCCCGCAGUUCCCCUUUUACUUCUUCGACUUUUGCCCCUCUCUCGUCCCUGCCGCUUCCAGCGAGCCGCAGGUCACAGCGGAGAGAAUGGCGCAGAUGCAUGCGGCGUCGCUGCGCGAGCGAGACACAGCUGAGGGCGACUGUGGAGACGCGGACGCUGCGGGCUGUUUGAAGGCCUACGAAGAGUUCCUGGGAGACGGCGACCGCGUGCGGGCUUGCCGCGUGUGCGUCAACUGGCUGAAGCUGCACAAAAUGCUGGCGCUCGCCGUCUUCUACGAGUCAGGAGUCAGCUCUCGCGUCCAGUGCGGGAUCGACGAAGUCGCGUAUCUCCCCGUGCACUGGAUGUGCCUGCCAGCCUUUGCGAAGGCCCUCUCGGAGAAGCUUGCGGGUCUGCCUCUCCUCGUGUGCGGAGAAGCGGACAAGUACUUGGAUGCAUGCGUCGCCGACUACCGCCGGUUUCUUCGCCGGCGCGAGGAGGCGCGCCUGGAGAAGCUCGAGCAGAGCAAGGCGUCUUCUUUCGUGCCGCAUGUCGACUUGGAGGCGCAAGCCGACCGACAACUUCUCGAGGCGGCGGCAUCCGUCCCCCUCGUGCGCUACGCCCUCGCCAAGCGAGCGAUGGAAGCCUCCGACGAGGAGCGCAACGCAGUGGACGUCUCGCGCUCCAGAGGCAGUUCCCGAAGCCUCCCGACGCUCGCGGGCCUCGACCUCCUCCAGGCGAACACGUCUGCGUUCCCCGAGCUGCGUCUUCCGGCGGACUCCGCGGUCUGGGAUGACGACAUCGGCAGCAAAGUUUUCGCAAUCUCCGAUCAGGACAGGAAAAGAGUCGAGGCGAGCGACAGCGCUCCGCACUUUGCCGGGAAGGCGGAAAAGGGAGCGUCUGUGCAUGCAGGCGGCGCCGCGUUUCUCUCGGUUCGUCAUUCGUGGCGAGCGAAACGCGGCCUGCAGAGAGAUGCAGAGACCGAGCGAGUUGUGCGGGGCCUCGCGCUGUAUGAAGAGGCUAGGAAGGAAGCGAAGAAGGCGGUCAUGGCGGCGCACCUCGCAGUCUUGGAAGGCCUGGCGUUUUAUGGGGAAGGCUGUCUGGUGCACGUCGCCGAAGAGAAACUGCCUCUGGAGACGCGCGAACGAUUCGCUGUCCUGUUCAUGUGCAAAUCCACCUGGUGGGAUAGCGAGAUUGCGACCUUCGCAGCCCCCACUCUGCUCGGCAAAGAUCUGAUGGAGACGGCCGCGGGACCGCCCCGUCGCUACUGUGAAGCUCGCCAGGUGGUUCUGAACCCCUCGCCGGACAAAGAGGCGAAAAAGGACGAUGUCGGAGUUGUUUUCUUCUCCCACAAUUUGCCUUUUUCCUUUUGGGAAGUGUGA